CCUAAAGAAGUGGCUGACAUCUUUAACGCCCCCAGUGAUGAUGAAGAGUUUGUCGGCUUCCAAGAUGACGUUCCCAUGGAAACCCUCUCGUCAGAGGAGAGCUGUGAUAGUUUUGACUCACUGGAGUCAGGCAAGCAGCAAGAAGUGCGUUUCCAUUCUAAACACUUCACGGAAGAGCUAAGAAGAAUUUUUGUAGAGGACACUGACUCAGAGACGGAAGAAUUUGAAGGAUUUACACAGAAUGAUCUGAAUGUAAACAGCAACCCGGAAAUAAUGCUUGUGGAGUCGGAUUUGAGCGAAGCUGGUAAGGUGUCUUCAAGUGAGGAAGAGGAUGAGGAAGAAAAGGCUACGCCCAGAAGAGGCAGGCUGCGGAGAAGCAGUUUUGGUCUUCGAGUAGCCUUUCAGUUCCCCACCAAGAAACUGGCAAAAAAAUCUGAUGACAGUUCUUCUGAGCCGCUGUUUCCUAGCACACGCUCACAGGACAGUAAAAAAGCAAUUCUUGGAAGAAAGAGAAGCUGCAGACAAGGGAAGGAAAGGGAAGAUUCUGUCUCUGAGUCUGAGGAUGACUCCAGGGAUGAGGGCCAGGAGAGCUCAGAUGCUCUGCUGAAAAGGACGAUGAACAUCAAGGAGAACAAAGCCAUGCUCGCUCAGUUAUUGGCAGAACUGAACUCCAUGCCAGAUCUCUUCCCAGUGCGAACCCCGAGCUCAGCCUCUAAGAAGAGAACCGUGAGGCGGGCUUUCUCGGAGGGGCAGCUCCCACGACGCACCAACCCGACCCGGAGCGCACGGCCUCCCGACAAGUUCGCGCUGGAGAACUUCACCGUCUCUGCUGCCAAAUUUGCAGAAGAGUUUUACACUUUCCGGAGAAGGAAGACGAUUAGCGGGGGGAGGUGCCAGGGGUACAGACGGCGUCACCGUGUGUCUUCUUUCCGGCCCGUGGAGGAUAUCACUGAAGAGGACUUAGAAAACGUCGCCAUCACUGUUCGAGAUAAAAUCUACGAUAAAGUUCUGGGCAACACUUGCCACCAGUGCAGGCAGAAGACCAUCGACACCAAGACAGUGUGUCGGAACCAGGACUGCGGCGGGGUCCGAGGACAGUUCUGCGGGCCGUGCCUGCGGAACCGCUAUGGGGAGGAUGUGAGGUCCGCGCUGCUGGACCCGGAUUGGAUGUGUCCUCCCUGCCGUGGGAUCUGCAACUGCAGUUACUGUCGCAAGCGUGAUGGCCGCUGUGCCACAGGGAUCCUCAUUCACCUGGCCAAGUUUUACGGUUACAAUAACGUUAAGGAAUACCUGGAGAGCCUACAGAAGCAGCUGGUAGAAGACGAUUAAAAGCAGCCACCUCACCGUCAAGAACUCUAGCAAGACCUGCCCUCCCACUUGUGCCUACCAUUUUUUCCAGUUGCGGUUUUAUCCAGAAGUUCCUUGUAGAUCUAAAUACUAUUUUUGUAAGAUUGUUUAUAUGCUUAAAAAGGUUUCUCAGGAAGACAGUGUAUUUCAUGGUUUAAAAGCAUCUGUCUGUGAUGAAAAGCACAGUGUAAAGUCCAGGUAAGUUCCAGAGAAAACACUGUGUAAGCAGCUCUUGUCUUUGACACUGUUCAUUGCCUUGAUCGAGCAGUGACCACAGUUCAGACCAGGUUGUUCAUGCUUCUGUGCAUCAUUGGAAAUUUAUCUUAAUGUUUUCCUGAGUUACAAAGUGCAAUUAACCCAUGGAUCUUGUUUUAUUUUUUAUUAAAACUUGAAUGAACAAAAACUCAGCUGUCACAUUACUGACACUGGAGGGGUGGCUGCUGCUUUCUUCAGAAUGCACCUGCUGCCUCUGAGGUCAGGGGCGUCUAGAUUUUAAAAGAAUCUAAGAGCUAAAUUUUAAUUUAAAAACAUUUUGUUGAAUAUCUACAAGACCUCAGAUCCCACUUAGGGGGAAACUUAAGGAGGGUGUUUAAGCAAAAUUAACGCACAUGUAAGGUUACUUAAAAGUUACAGAGGCUGGAAUAUGUUUCCGGUUCUCCGUAGAAUAAAUGCACAUGCAUAGACCUCCAGAGUCGAGGGCCAGUUCAGGCUUCCAGCAGCAGGGCCACACCUGCCAGGACCCAUUUGGCCACCUUGUCUUUGCUUUUCAACCCAAAGGUCCACACGUAGGUCGGGCCCCUCAUUUUGGUUCUGUACACAGGGCAUUCAUACGUGUGUUUGGUUUCCUGUCGGUCCACUGGUAUGGCUUUUGCAAAGAUGACCGGCAUCAGAAAUGUCACCUCCUUGAGGCAGGCGUCAGCAAGGGUUCCUGACUGCAUGUCCCACCUGGCACCUACAAGCAGAAACACAAGGGUUGCAAUAGUGUGGCAUGUUGGAAGCAAUAAAUGUUCGGUUUUGUCAUGUUA